AAAAAAGUUUUCUAUGGUGGCUGUGAUACCCGGCGGAAAUACUGCGCAUGAAACCAUCAUGAUGGCCCAGACCUUCUUUGGCCGCCAUCGUAUGCUCUCCAACCUUAACUCCCACCGCCAGAUUGUCAUCUGUGGCGAGGAGAGGGAGCUUAACGAAGCGAUUGCAAAGUUCAAAGCUGAAUUUGAGCCGGCUGAGUGGAAAAGCAGGCGCGUCGCUUUUAAAGUGUUGCCUACCGACAUUCCGUUUCACACUCCCUAUUUGCGGGAGAUCGAGCCGGACUUGGCAGCGUUACUUGCGGCAUCCGGACCCAAGGCCGCCACCCUUGUGAAACCGAUGAUUGCUAAUGUGGACUAUCUGGUGGUUGCGACAAUGGAAAAUGCUUUUAUGGCCAUGGUCAGUGCAACCUCGCGUACCGUGAGGUUUUCUGAGUGCAUUUCCCGUACUCUUGAAGACCAGACCACUGAGAGUCUGGCCAUGGCGAAGCAAGUUGAUCCAUCGGCAUGCACGAAUUUUGUGCACAUUGGGCCAGGAAAGGUGUUGAGUGGACUUGUUGAUCGUACCAUGGUCGGAAGCUAUGUCAAUCAUAGCUUGAACACCUUAGAAGGUGUUGAGAGCUACACCAAGUAUUUGAGGGAUGUGGGUAAGGUCUAGAAAGCCGCCAUUGUAUAUAGACUGGAUGUAUGCCUACGAACUCUUGACUUGCCUAGGUAGAUUUGAUCAGUUCAGCCUUCUGUAGCAGGUGUAGAUAGCUUUCAUUCCUGAUCGAUAGUCUUUUUGUCACACGUUUAAAAUGACCUAGUCCCAGUGGUAUGUGUACUUUCAGAAAAUUCUUCGAAAUGGCAAAAGAUCCUCGUCCGAUUCCAUUUA